AGCACGCUUCUUCUUCUCCGAUCCUCUCUGUUACAUCCGUAGUCCUUGCCUCUUCUGGUUUUCUUCCCAAUCGUACAACUAAAAACCCUAAUCAUCUAUGUCUCCGCAAAGAGUCUCCAUGGGUUCUAGAGAUUUAAUUAGCAGCCUACCAGAUGAGGUUCUCGGCAAAAUCAUGUCUUUGCUUCCGACAAAGCUUGCUGCUUCCACAUCGGUUCUGUCCAAGAGGUGGAGGAAUCUGCUUCCGCUUGUGGACAGCCUUGAUUUCAAUGACGCAAGUGGUGAUCCUCGUGGCUUCUCUGAUUUCGUGGACAAAACACUCGCUCUCUUAAGCAGCUCUUCAAUCGUCAAGAGAUUCUCUCUCAAAUGUCAACAUAAGCAUGAAAAAUCUCGAGUGGACAGCUGGAUUCGCACUGUCCUGGAGCGUGGCUUAUUGGAACUUCACUUGGAGACGGUAUGUAUGCAUUGUCUAGUAACCGAGUUCUUCACGAGCAACACACUGGUUAGGCUCACAUUAGCCAAUGGGUUUUAUCCUGAUGUUGUUCUUCCUCCUGGGGGAGUGUUUUUCCCAGCGCUAAAAACACUUUCUCUCUCAGUUUGGUUUGUGUAUAGCGAAAACUCCGUGAAGAUAUAUUAUGAGAUGUAUGCGUUUCUCAUCUCUGGCUGCCCUGCGCUUGAGGAAUUAGUCAUACGUUAUAGUGAUUUCUCGUCUUGGAAUUACAUGGCGUCGUGUCCUUCCAUUCCUGUGUCAAGUCCUUCCAUUAAGCGGCUAACCAUCUCUUACCAUUUUCCGGGUGAUGUUUCCGAUACUGACUGGUUUCGGACACCCGAUACUGAGUGGUUUCGGACACCAAGUCUUGUGUAUCUUGACUAUUCUGGUUAUGUCACGGGACAGUAUGUUGUUGAUUUAGGCUCGCUUGUGGAAGCUAGACUGGAUAUUCGAUCAUGUUGGGAGCGAAAGUUAAUUGUGGAUGGUGAUGAUGGUAUUGAUGAUGAUAGUAAUGGUGGUGAGGAUGAUAAGACAGAAGAUGACAAUGACAGUGGUUGUGAUGAGGAUGAUGGAAGUAGUUAUGUACAGGAGGUUGGCUGUGGUGAAAAUGAUGAUGAUGAUGAUGAUGAUGGUGUUUUUGGUGAGGAUUAUGAUACAGAGGAAAGUGAUGCAGAGGAUUUGGGUAAUGUUACGGAUCUGGUUGCAGGGAUAAACAACAUUAAAACUCUUCACUUGUCUCCUACUUCUCUUGAGGUAUUUCACUUUUUCUGUAAAUCAAUGCCGGUCUUUCAAAACCUCCUAACUUUAUCUUUUGAGAGUGACAAAAAAAGAGGCUGGCAAGUGGUGCCACUUCUCCUCAACAACUCUCCAAACCUUGAAACUUUAGUCAUCAAGGGUCUUGUGCACCAAGUUACAGAUAGAUGCGGGGUCGCCUGUGUUUGCAUCCCUCAGAAGAAGAGGAAGAAGAGGUUCCAGGAGGAAGUAUGCUGUUUAUCGACAUGUCAAGUGAAGGUUCUAAAGAUUUCAGGGUAUGGAGGAACUCGUAGAGAACGGAAACAGAUGAGGCACUUCUUGGGAAAUUUGAAAUGUCUCGAAACUGUCAAGGUUGGUGUUGAAGCUGAGAUUCACCGAGAAGACAACAGUGUCAAUAACAAGUACCAGAGAAUCACCAAUGCUCUUAUGAGGCUUCCUAGAGUUUCAUCAAAAUGUCAAAUCCAUUUCUUCUGAUAUCUCUCUUUGAAACCGAAUCAUUAACAGGCGAAAUGUUCUUUUAGGAGAUGAUCUUGUUUUUUUCCUGCUAUGGAUAAUUUAAAACCAAACUCAUUUGCUAAUUA